AUGAAGCCCUCACGGCUCUCCGUCCUCCUGAGACAAACAGCCUCAGCCCAACUGUGGCUCCGCUCAGCCCCCCAUCUCCAGCGCCGCUCCCUCAGCGCAGCCGCAGGCUCACACGCCGUCAGGAACCUCCUCCAGGUCUCCGGCGAGGUGGCCGAUGCCGUUGCCAACAACAAGCCCGUCGUUGCCUUGGAAUCAACAAUCUACACCCAUGGAGCCCUGGGGAAGGAUCUCGCGCAGGAGCAUGAGGACCUGGUGCGGAGCAGCGGCGGCAUCCCUGCCAUUAUCGCCAUUGUCGAGGGAGUGCCCAAGGUGGGCGUCUCGACGGAUGAGAUUCUGCGCAUGAUUGAGGAUGAGGGCACGGUCAAGGCUUCGCGGAGAGACAUUGCCUACUUGGUCGGCAUGGGCCUGGCAGGACGCAAAAUCAAUGGCGGCACAACCAUUGCCGGCACGAUGCUGCUCGCCAGGCUGGCCGGCAUCCGCGUCUUCGGCACCGGCGGCCUCGGCGGCGUCCACCGCGGCGGCGAGAACUCGCUCGACGUCUCCGCCGACCUCACCGAGCUCGGCAGGACGCGGGUCGCCGUCGUCAGCAGCGGCUGCAAGGGCUUCCUCGAGACCCAGGGCGCCCACGUGUCCACCUACGCCGACGGGCGCACCGGCAAGGUCGACUUCCCUGCCUUUUGGGCGAGGGACAGCGGCGUCAAGAGCCCCUCCGUGUACCGCUCCGAGAGGGAGGCCGCCGCCAUCAUCCUGGCGCAGGAGAAGCUCGGCAUCGAGUCGGGCAUGCUCUUUGCGAACCCCAUCUCCGAGGAGUUUGCCAUUCCCGCAAAGGAGAUGCAGGCGCACAUUGACCAGGCCGUGGCCGAGGCCGACCAGAAGGGCUUCACGGGCAGCGCCAACACGCCGUUCGUCCUGCGGAGGCUGAAGCAGCUCUUUGGCGACAGGAUAGUCACCGCCAACAAGCAACUGGUGCGCUCCAACAUUGUCAGGGCGACAAACAUUGCCGUCGAGCUGUCACGCUUGCUGAGUGAGGGAACGAGCUCAAGUUCAUCAGGACAUACAGUGGCGUUUGGAUCAAAGACUGAAAAUAAACCAUUACCUCCCUUGAAAACGAACCCCAAAGCUGAUAUUCUCGUCGCUGGGUCGGUUGCCGUCGACCUCAGCUGUGACUAUACCAAUCCCCAGGGCGGUGAUGGUCAGCCCCAAGUCCAUACGUCGAAUCCGGCCAGUAUAAGCCAGUCUAUCGGCGGUGUCGGGCAUAAUGUUGCGCUGGCUGCUCAUCGAGCCAGUCGACAGGCUCAGGUCAAGUUUAGCAGCAUGGUUGGCGACGAUGUUGCCGGCGCAACGGUUCUCACAGCUCUCGAAGCCUCAGGCCUUGAUUCCACAUAUGUAAAGAAACUCAACCAAGCAGAGCACCCAGGGAGUCGAACCGCCCAGUACGUCGCCAUCAACGACUCCAGCAAGAAUCUCGUCAUGGCCAUGGCGGACAUGGGCAUCUUCACGCAGCACCUCUUCCCCGACGAGUGGAAGUCAGCCAUCAAAGCCACAGACCCCAAGUGGCUCGUCGUGGACGGCAACUGGAGCCCCAAGGGCAUCAGGACCUGGAUACACGCUGCCAACGAGCACGGCAGCAAAGUCGCCUUUGAGCCUGUCUCGGUCGCCAAGUCCAAGAGCCUGUUCGGGCCCCAGCGCGGAGUGCCGCCGUUGGGCGUGUUCCCUAACCAGAGCGUCGACCUCGCCUCGCCCAACAUCUACGAGCUUUCGGCCAUGUAUUCGGCAGCCAAGGAGAAUGGCUAUCUGGACAGCAUGGAGUGGUUCGAGGUGAUUGACUCGUUCGGCAUGCGGGGAGCCAGAGACCGGUUCGUCCGUCUCACGUCGGCCGAGUUGACGGAUGCUGGCGUUCCCGUGCAGUCCAUUCAAUUACUGCCUUACAUCCCUACAAUCAUCACAAAGCUCGGGUCCAAGGGCGUCUUGUUGACAACCAUCCUGGGCAAAGACGAUCCUCGACUUCGGGAUCGAGAGUCUGAAGAGUUCAUCUUGACUCGGUCCUAUGACGGAAACCCGGCCGUCGGCGGCAUCUACAUGCGAUUGUUCCCUCCUGUCGAGCAUGUCGAAGACAUUGUUUCCGUAAAUGGAGUCGGCGAUACGUUCCUCGGCGUCAUGGUUUCGGGACUUGCUCAGGGAGGAAGAGUCGACAAGCUGGUGGACGUGGCUCAGCGAGGCGCGGUAUAUACGCUCAAGUGCGCAGAGUCCGUGAGCAAGGACGUUUCAAAGCUGGAGAGCGAUUUGGAAAGGGCUGCAUUGCUAACUCAAUUCCUACUUUUGCAGAGAAAUGCAAACCAACCGCCGCUGAAUCCCCUUCACAACAGCGGAGCAACCUUGGCGAAAAUGGCCCAGCCGCAGGAUCCAGACUUCUCAGAGGACGAACUGUCCGAAAACUAUCUGUCCUCCUCCGACAAUGACUCCGACGACGCCUCAUCAAGAAAGAAGCCGGUGGUUGCGAUGCAGGACAAGGACUCGGACGAAGAAGAUUUGGAGCGGCUCGUUUUCGGCAGCAAGGUGUCCUUUGGAGAGAGUCUCUUCAAGACCGGCAGCCUAAUUGGUGCAUCAGACGACAAAGAGGGCAGGGAGCUGGAAUUGGCGGCCGAUGCGGACACCGGCGGGCUGGAAGACGUCGACGAUGCCGACCUGUUCAUGAUCGAUACCGCUCCGAGCGGCGCAGUCCCUCAAGCAUCCGCCGUCGCUUCCAAGGCGAAGAAGGCGGAGCACGGCGAUCCGGCCGCCUGGGAGGACAGCGACGACGACCGAUUGGCCAUCUCUCUCGCGAACCAUACACGGCUGCGAAAGCUGCGACUGACCGAGGCCGAGGACAUUGUGAGCGGCACCGAGUACAGCAGAAGACUUCGACAGCGCUACCUCCAGCUCCAUCCUGCGCCUGCGUGGGCCAAGGAGGCAGAGGGGCGUCCUAGCAAGCGAAGGCGGCGCUCGUCUGCUUCUUCCGGCUCCUCAGACGAGAGCGGCAGCGAAUCCGACGGCGAGGUGUCUGCCCAGCCGCUGGAGGACUUUCUACGAGACGUCAAGAGCCUGUCUGGAGCUGGCGGGCCCAAGAAGCGACGGCUCAGGCCAGAGAUCAUCGACAUCCAGAGAACGCGCGAAAUCUCCGACACACAUCUUGCGCCCGUGGAGUGCCUGUCCUUCCACCCCGAGUACCCCGUCCUGCUGUCGGCCAGCACGGCCUCGGUGCUGUACCUCCACCACAUCGCACCCGAUGCGCACCCGGUGCCGAACCCCCGGCUGACGUCCGUACAAGUCAAGGGCGUGGACAUUCGGAGAGCAGAGUUCCUGUACCCCGGCGGCGACAAGGUCUUCAUCGGCGGACGGAGGAGAUACUUCCACCACUGGGACCUCAAGACGGGCGUCGUGCAGAAGACGUCGCAGAUCCUGGGCCACGGCCUGGAGCACAAGACGAUGGAGCGCUUCAAGCUGAGCCCCUGCGGCCGGUACAUGGCCAUUACGGCGUCGACGCGCAAGGGCGGCGGCAUCAUCAACAUCCUCAGCGUCGGCUCCCUGCAGUGGAUCGCCGCGGCGCGGCUGUCGAGCAGGAACGGCAUCGCCGACUUUGCGUGGUGGAGCACCGGCAACGGCAUGACGAUCCUGGGCAAGGACGGCCAGGUCGGCGAGUACAGCGUCGAGACGAGGAGCUUCGUCGGCCUGUGGCGCGACGACGGCUGCAUCGGCGGCAUCGUCAUCGCCCUCGGCGGCCACCAGGGCCCUGAGCUGAUUGGCGACGACCGCUGGGUGGCCAUCGGCUCCAGCUCGGGCAUCACCAACAUCUACGACCGCAGCGAGCUCCUCGCCCUGGACGGCGAAAAGAACGUCGUCAUCAAGGAGGCGCCCAAGCCCACGCGCGUCUUCGAGCAGCUCGUCACGCCCGUCACCGUCCUGACCUUUUCCCCCGACGGCCAGCUCCUCGCGUUCGGCAGCAGGUCGUCAAAGGACGCUCUCAGGCUGGCGCACCUGCCGAGCUGCACCGUCUACAGGAACUGGCCGACGGCGCAGACGCCGUUGGGCAGGAUAACGGCGGUGGCGUUUGGCAAGGACAGCAGUUUGUUGGCGAUUAGGAGUUAG